AUGUUGCUGCAUGACCGAGUACUACAGAUGCGACUGUACGGGUUUCUUCUGGUGAUUGGCUUUGUCAGUGCGAUCCCCGUCGACAAUGGAGUGGAAGGAGAGCCAGAAAUUGAAUGUGGAUCCAGCACUAUUACCGUCAACUUCAACACAAGAAAUCCAUUCGAAGGUCAUGUGUACGUAAAGGGUUUGUACGAUCAGGCAGGAUGCAGAAGCGACGACGGUGGACGGCAAGUAGCCGGCAUUGAACUGUCAUUCGACCAAUGCAAUCUUGCCCGUACGAGAUCAUUGAAUCCACGAGGUGUAUUCGUUUCCACUACUGUGGUGAUCUCGUUUCAUCCUCAAUUUGUGACCAAGGUCGAUAGAGCAUACCGGAUUCAGUGCUUCUACAUGGAAGCCGACAAGACCGUCAGCACUCAGAUCGAGGUGUCUGAUCUGACUACAGCAUUCCAGACGCAGGUCGUACCUAUGCCUAUCUGUAAAUAUGAGAUUCUUGAUGGUGGACCAACUGGGGCGCCAAUUCGUUUUGCAACCAUUGGACAACAGGUGUAUCACAAAUGGACUUGCGAUUCCGAGACAACUGACACCUUCUGUGCUGUGGUUCACUCGUGCACGGUCGACGACGGAAACGGCGACACCGUGCAAAUUCUAAACGAUGAAGGUUGUGCACUCGACAAAUUUCUACUGAACAAUCUGGAAUAUCCAACGGAUUUGAUGGCUGGGCAGGAGGCGCACGUCUACAAAUAUGCCGACAGAUCACAGUUGUUCUACCAAUGUCAAAUCAGUAUUACAAUCAAGGAACCAAAUACCGAAUGCGCUCGGCCUCAAUGUGCAGAGCCGCAGGGAUUCGGAGCCAGCAAGACACUGGCAGCAGCACCUGCUGCACAACCGACGUCAGCUCCUGCUCAGCUACGUUUGCUCAAGAAAAGAAGUGCGGGAUUCGAGAACACUUUGGAUGUUCGCACUGAGCUUAGCGCUUUGGACAUACAAGAUAAAGAACAACAACUUCCCGAGGAAUUGAGGAUGAUAUCUGCAAUGAUGGUGAUGCCGAAUGGAAUCUGUCUGUCGCCAUUCGGUUUUUCUGUGUUUGUGGCCGCAGCAGUGUCGCUAAUUGCAGCCUCAGUUGUCCUUGCAUCAUACUCACUUCGCUCAAGGAGCAAUUUCAAAGUUUAG